AUGCUUCUCACUAUUCAAACGAUGCAAGAAACGAAGAAGAAGGAGCGGAGAACUGAAACGAUCAAGAAACGUAAAAGUAGACUGAAGGAAAAUGUGAAAAAUAGCAGUAGUAACAGCGAAGACGAAUCAGUUAGCUUUGUUCCCGAAUCCAAAGAGGAAGUCCAAGAUGAGCAAGAAAUCGCAAUUGAUUCGAUUGAUGUUGAUUUCAAGAUCAAAGGGGAUGUUCCAAGCGAUGAUGAAGUGACCAGUCUUCAAAAGGCGAAAGAUGAUAAGGAACAGAGUGACGUUCAAUUAUCAGGGAAUGAAUGUUUUCAUCAAAAGAAGCAAUCCGCCGAAUUUGAGGAUGAAUCUCACAAAGAUGACCAACAAUUAGAACCGCAACCUACCGAAGUUGUGCUGGGCGAUGAACAACCAAAGCUAAAACCAAGAGGAGAACGACUCUAUCUCUGCGAUAGCUGUCCAAAGUCCUUCGGAGACGCAGCAUCGUUGAAAAUGCACGUCGUUAUUCACACCGGUGAGAAGCCAUUCCAAUGCAGCGAGUGUCAUGCGCGAUUCGCUCGAAAAAGUGGUCUCCGAAACUACAUUAUGGUUCACUUCAAUGUUCCCUGUGAUGAGUGCGACCAAAAGUUCCCAUCACGUAAAACGCUGAUGCGUCAUAAGAUCAAGCACCAGGGAUUUCGGCCGUUCCUUUGUGAAAUCGUUUCUGAAGGGAAUGUGUGA